GUGGUGAUGCGGUUCUGUGUUCCACCGUUUUUUCACGCUGAGAGAAAAGAGACUGACGCUUGAGCGGGUGGAGACUGCCACACAUUUAAAUCCCCCGGGUCGGUUUUUCAGCGUUUAGCAACAAUUAACUUUUCCUUUUUUUAUUUUCUUUCUGUCUUUGGAUUCUUUAGAGCUGGUUUAAUGUCGUAAAUGACAGGGCUGUAAGGGCGUCGUUGUUGGGAAGUUUUUUCGAGGGGGGGUUUUUUGACCAGCAAAGAGCCAUGGCAGUCGAGGCUCGGCCGGAGCUGGUCGGGAAGCGGUUCCUCUGUGUGAGCGGGGACGAGCCGCCUGAAAUUGGUGACAUCGCUCGGUGGCCGUGGAGGUCCGGGGUCAUACGAGCCGUUAACCACCGUGACAGCGACAAUCCCGACCUGACGGUAUAUGUGGAAUUUGAUGACCAGGAGUGGGAGAAGAGAGAGUGGGUGAAGGUCUACGAGGAUUUCCAGCUGUUUCUACUGGAGCACCAGCUGGUCUGGGCCAAGAGGAAGGAGGGAGGAGGAGGAGGAGGAGCAGGUGGAGGAGCAGGAGGCCUGCUGCAGGGGACCAAGGCCAGACACAUACAGUGGCCUGCUCUGGCGUUUAAGCCAGUAGUGGGGAAGAGCCUGUUGUCACCAGUAACAGCAGUGGAAUUCUUGUUAGACCGACAGCUGGACUUCUUGUCUGACCAUUCUGCUUACCAACCAUAUCAGGAUGAGGUGGACAGUCAGAACCCAGUGUUGAGAGACAACCAUCAGCUCCAUGAAGAAGUGAAGAGCUGGCUCAAAGACCAGAAAGUGCAAGAAAUUUUUAUGCAAGGUCCCUAUUCCUUGAAUGGCUACCGUGUGCGUGUAUACAGACAAGACUCAGCCACCCAGUGGUUCACUGGCAUCAUUACACACCACGAUCUCUUCAGUCGAAACAUGGUCGUUAUGAAUGACCAGGUGCUGGAGCCUCAGAACGUGGAUCCAUCUAUGAUCCAGAUGACCUUUCUGGAUGACGUAGUCCACUCCCUGCUGAAAGGAGAAAACAUCGGCAUCACUUCCAGACGAAGGUCUCGAUCCAGCCAGAACAACAACACUGCCCAUAUGGCGGGAGGGAGACCCGGCGGGACCACUGGCAACACUCAGAGUCAUUACACCCGAGCCCAAGCUAACAGCCCCCGCCCGAUUAUGACCUCAUCUGGCCCAAACCCAAAAGGUUCCCAAGGCACACUGGCCUCCCAGCAGCAGAGCCAAUCACAGCAAAGCCAGCAGCCAGCCAGCCAAUCACACAACUCGCCUGGCGCCAGUGGGCGGGAGCAGAGAGAGCAGCGCAGCUCUCGCUCUUCAAGGAGGAAAGGAUCAGAUAGCAGUGUUCCAGAGGAGGACAAAGACAGGAGAGAAGAGACCAUAGGGAGAGAUUCUAAGUCAAAGGCCAAGCAGGCUGUGAACAAACGCAGGAAGGGUGAGGAAGAUGAGAAGAAGGCAGGUCUGAAGAGACUGAAGACUGACAUGACCUCUGAUCUGUCAGAGAGCAGUGAUUCAGAAAACCCACACAACAAGAGGACCCCCCACUCCUCAUGCUCCUCUUCCUCCUCAUCAUCUUCAUCAUCCUCCUCCUCAUCCUCCUCCUCUUCCUCCUCCUCAGAGCCUAGUUCUGAGAAUGAGCUAAAGACUCGCAGCGGUGAUGUGAAACAGAGUAGUGUUUCCAAAAAGGAGGAAGAUGAGAAGCCGCUGAUGCAGGGCACCAAAAUGAACGAUUCCUCGUCUCUCAUUGGUCGCCUGUCCCCAUGGGUGGAGCUUCAAGCAGCAGAUGACUGCAAGAAGGCUGUGGUGAAGGAAACAGGCAAAAUGAUAUCGAAGGAGGAGGAAGAACUAGUUGCAGUAACACAGAUCACGCACUCUCCACGGCAACAGAUCCCUCUGAUGUCUGACACCGUCCAGGGUGGCAUUCUGGAGAGCAGCAAGAACGCUGUGAAAGCGUCAUCUCGAUCCCAGACGCCGUCCUUGUCCCACCUCCAUGGCAGCAGUGUGAUUGACAUCACAGAUGAUGCCCAGGCAACAGUGCACCAGGAGAGUUCAGAGGCAGUGUCAGCACUGCUCGCUUCCCAGAAGGCUGAGUCCACGUCCCUCUCCCCUUACCUUCCCCUCAACCCUUCUCCCGUCUCCUCACCUCCCGUCCCUCCUUCUCCUUCUCCAGAGGGAAGCCGCAGGACGGAUAUUGAACCUCCCAUGCAGCAGCAGGGCAUUAUUGGAGGUGUUAUGACAGCAGUCAGGAGCUUAGGUAGCAAGAUAGAGUUUGCUCCCUCCGAAGUCAUCAGGCCUGUCGCUUCCAUGACUGAAAAUGUGGUGCUGGUGGAGAAGGAGAAAACUGUCCUUUCUCAUCAUCAUCAUCAUCAUCAUCAUCAGCAGCAGCAACAGCAGCAGCAUCAGCAUCAGCAACAUCACACACAACAGCAGCAACACUACACAUCAAUUCACCCCAGUAUAAAGAGCCCAUCUCUAUCUGAGGAGACGAGAAAACACCCACAGCAACAACAGCUCCCACACAAGAUGAACACAGUCCUCCCCCCUGAAUUAGCCAAAUCCAAAAUGAGCCCCAACCCAAACCCCAACCCAAACCCCAACCCAACUCAGCUCGACUCCCUGAAACAGAAACUCCAGCACCCCAACAACUCUCAUUCCCAUCCUUACCCCAACACAAACCCAGCUGACCUUCUUAAGACAAAGCCCCACCCGAGCCAGCUGGACAUCUCCAAACCUAAACCAAACACUUCCCCAGAGGUCUCAAAACAUAAAAUACCAAGGUACUCUGACACAUCCCCACCAUCGACAGGCCGUUUGUCCGCUAAAGCAGAGAUAUCAGAACCUGCUCGAUCUGGUUUCAAGCCAGUGCCAGCUCGCUCAGAGUCACUUGGAGUUAGUACAAGCAGCAGCAGCAACAGCAACAGCGGCAGCACCAGCACCAAGAGCCCUCUGAUCAUCGAUAAAAAUGAGACCUUCACUGUUUACAGGGACCCAGCACUGGUCCGCUCCGAUGCAGAGAAUUCUGCCUCUGUCACUGUCUCCUCUAACCACGUGGCAGCCUAUCUCCAUCCCCACCUGCACACUCUCCACUCUCCAUCUCCUCACUCCCCUUGCCUCACCCCUGCAUCCCACCCCCAUGCCGCCUCCCACCUCCUUGCCCCUCCUCACACUUCUGCCCUACCUCACCAUCACCUUUUACCCCCUGGGGUGUUACCGGCCAUGCCUCCUCCCGCAGCAUCUCUCCUUGGGGGUCACCCUCGGCUCGAUUCCCCCAGUGGGUUGGGCCACCUUGCCCUGCCUCACCCAGCAGCUGCACACCAGCAGCAGUUCCUACAGGGUCAAGGCCCUCCUCCACCGCCCCUACUAGCCCAGGCUCACAGCGGGGCCGCAGGACUGGGCUUAUACCCCAUCCUCUGGCAGUACCCCAAUGGAACUCCAACCUCCUACCCCCCAGGACUCAACCUGCCCUCCACAGCAAAGUGGGUCCACCCUGAAAAUCCUGUCACAGUGAAUUCUGAGGCCUCUCUCAGGAGGAACACAGCAAGUCCGUGGCUGCACCAGGCUGCUGGUAGUGCUAGUGACAGUCUAGGUUUGCUGAGCCAUGUUCCCGUUCGGCCAGCCAGCGCCGAUGCACACCGCGGCCCUGUCAAGAUCAACGCACACGCAAGCCCUCCAAUUUCAAAGGCCAGCUUGGACAUUCAUAAAGAGGAUGUGGAUAAGAAAGGUUUUGUGGACCCAAUAAGGACGUUGACAUUGGCCCAGCUGAAACAGGAUCAGACAGACAGGAGUCGAACUCCAACAGGGAAAGACGUCAGCCUACACCGCCUCUACCUAGACCCUCACAGCAAGGCUCGCCUGGCAAGUACACAGGAUGCAGUUCAGGCAGCAGACCGAGCCAGUAAAUACAAAGAGGAGAAUCGGCAAAUACUGAAAGAAAGUAUCGAAGUCGCUCCCUUCACUGCUAAGAUCCAGCGCACCAGUGACCCGGGGAUGGAAAGGGACAGAGAGAGAUGCAGAGAUCCAGCUUUCCCUGUCCGGAUACCAGCUCUCGCCUCCCCAAGCCCCAAGGCCACCCACACCCAUCCCCACGUCAUCCAGUCAGAAAAAAGCAACUACUUCACCACGUUGUCCAACAGCGUAGUAAAUGAGCCUCCAAGACUUUACCCCUCAAAGGAGCUCACCUCUUACUAUGAGAAAGUGUCCACGGGACCUCCAGGGGUUGUAGCCAGUGUUGGGGCAGCUGUGCCAAGCCCAGGAGUGCUUCCCCUGGGCAGCUACAGCUCAAAGGCUUCCCUCUCCAAGCCCCCACCCCUCAUUAAGCACCAGCCAGAGGGAGGAGAGGGUUUAGCAGGGAAAAUCACUGAGCAGCUCAGUCAGCAGGUGACACUCCAACAGCACCACACAGGUAUAGACAGGAUAGAACGCCGUAGCCCUGCCAUUUCUCCUUCCUCCUCCUCAACAUCCUCCUCUUUCUCCUCAGCCCACAAUCACCAUCAUCACCAUCACCAACAGCAACAGCAGCAGCAGCAGCAACAACAUCAGCUCAGGGCAAUGCCAUCUCUUCACCGAGCACCUGUCUUCCAUCCACCCACACAGCAUGCGCUGGAACGCAAAGAGGCUGCAGAGCGGGAGAAGGAACGAGAACGAGAGAGAGAGAGAGCUGGUUAUGGUGGACGCCUGUCUCCACCAACCCUCACACCCAUCCAGCCAGUUAGCUUAGCAUCAACUGGCAGCAAAACAUUAGCAGAGCAGCAGAAGCCCCCCACACUGCUGCCAGAACUCAGGGAUAUCAAAGGUCAUGGAAACACUGCCAUUGUCACCUCUGUGGCCUCAGCCGUCAGUGGGGAGAUCAUGACUUCAUGUGUAGAUGGGUGGAGAGGUGGAGAGAUGAUUCAGGAAAGAGGAGGUUCAUUCUCUGGAGAGAAAGCAGUGUCGAGGGGGAAGCCCCAAGCCGCAGUGGCAUCAGUCAUUGUGCGUCCGUCAACAUCUAUUAAGUAUGACAGCACCAUUGGUGCUAACAAAUCUGGUGCUAUGAUCCAUAAGGAUUUCCCUCAGGGUAGGUUCUACCCAUCCAAGCUUCAGGGGGAAUGUCCUAGACUAGGGGAGAUUGUAAGAGAAUCUGGAGCUGGCAGGAUUAUCCAACCAAAUUCCAACUUGGAUGAUAUGUCUAUCCAGUAUAAAAAGACUUCUGUGCGUGGCAUACAAGGAAAUAUAGGAGCCAGUACCAUAAACUCUGUAUGCAGGACUGCUGUUUCACCGUCAGCUUUUGGCAUACAGGUGAAAAGCGGGACAUCUACACCAGUCGCAUUUCGGGGAGAGAUUUCAACCCACAACACUGGUGCUGGUAACUGGGUGCUGAGCCAUUCAGGACCAGGAGAGCACCAGGAGGGGUUAGGCUCACGCACCACAUCUCCAGGGGGGUCUCUACCUCCUCCUAGUCCAGCAGGGACACCGCAGCCCAGUCCAAGCCUCACCCCAACACCUGUCUCCUGCCAGCCUUACUCCUCAUCCUUUGUUCACCUUAAGAAGCACAAAGCUGCCUUGGCUGCAGCUCAAUCCCGAAGCAAUUUCUCCGCUGCUCCAACAUCCAUCACAACUGGAAACUCUUCCGUAACUGUGGAAGCAGUUGAUAAAGGGCCCAUUCAUAACUCACCUCUGCCACCAUCCUCAAGCCAAGCUUCAUCAUCCUCCGUCGACAGCAGUAGCAGUAGCUCGGCAAGCGGUAGCACAACACCAGGCAAGUCUAGUCCCCUGCCUAAUGGCCAUACCUCUGGGUCAGUUUCAACAACCAGCAUUCAGCCCAGUAACUACCACAAGCUGAAAAAAGCCUGGUUAACUCGGCACUCAGAGGAGGACAGGAACACAACUGCUGCUACAAGCUCCACCGGUACUAAACAAGAGAAACUGCCAAGCACCACCACCAGCACAAGUAACACCACAGCCAUGUCGGAAAUGAUCAAACCUUGUACGGUCAAUCUCAGCGCCUCCACCUCCAGUGAGGUGGAAAUGAACAAAGACAGUGGAAGCAAAGUCGAGAGAGACAGACAGCCAGAGGAGAAGGUGGGAGGAGCAGCAGCAGGAGGAGGGGAGGAGAGGAAAACAGCUUCUUCAUCAAGGCGAGGCAACAAACGGCCAUAUGAGUCUGGUUCAGAGAGCGGGGGAGAUGACUCUGACGCUAGUGAGAGCAAAAUGGAGGGCAGAGCCAAGCGUCAACCAAAACCAACGUACAAGAAGAAACAGAAUGAUAUGGCCAAGAAGAAAGGCGACAAUGAGAAGGAAGAAGAUGAUGUGAAGCCUAAUGGCAUCUUCAGAUCAGCCCGAGAGAAGACUAAACUCAAACUGGCCAGCAGCAAUGGAAUCCCCAGAUCCAUCCUGAAGGACUGGAGAAAGGUGAAGAAGCUAAAGCAGACGGGGGAGUCUUUCCUGCAAGAUGACUCAUGUUCAGAAAUAGGACCCAACCUGCAAAAGUGUCGGGAGUGCAGGGUGGUCCGCAGUAAGAAGGGCGAGGAGCCUGCGCAUUCUCCCGUCUUCUGUCGUUUCUAUUAUUUCAGACGCCUUUCCUACAGUAAAAACGGAGUCAUUCGGAUGGAUGGCUUCUCCACUCCAGACCAGUUUGAUGAUGAAGCCCUGGCUCUGUGGGACCCUGGGGUUAUGCUGGAGAGCCACCUGGACCAAGCCACAGCCAAGUACAUCCUCAGCUUCAUUGGAGACAAGUUCUGUCAGAUGGUUUUGACUGAGAAUACUGCAGCCACCUGGGUCAAGAAGGAUGCCAAGCUGGCGUGGAAGCGUGCAGUGAGGGGGGUGAGGGAGAUGUGUGAUGCCUGCGAGGCAACCCUCUUCAACAUCCACUGGGUCUGUCAGAAAUGCGGCUUUGUUGUCUGCUUGGACUGCUACAAGGCCAAAGAGAGAAGGAGCUCCAAAGAUAAAGAACUAUACAGCUGGCUGAAGUGUGUGAAAGGCCAACCUCACGAUCACAAACACCUGAUGCCAACGCAGAUCAUACCUGGCACAGUGUUGACAGAUUUGGUGACUGCCAUGCACUCUUUGAGAGAAAAAUACAACAUCAAAUCCCACUGUCCCUGCAACAACAAACAGAACCUCCUCAACAAACUCCCAUCUACCAAUGGAGUCUCACAGGUUCUGCAGAAUGUCCUGAACCACAGUAACAAGCUGUCUCUGGUGAAAGCUGAACUGGGCUCUCAGCAGAAUUCCGACCAAGGCGGAAUUAAGGCGGAGACUAACGGAGGAGGCGGUGGAGGAAGCAGUCCGGUUAGCGACGCAGGAAGUGCUCCUGUCACCCCACCAGAGUCUCAGUCACCUCUGCACUUCUUGGCUGACCUGGCAGAACAAAAGUCCAGGGAGGAAAAGAAAGAAAACAAGGAGUCAGUGGUGCUGGGUAAAUCGGUGAAGGAAGACAAGGAAGGGGACAGUCUGGAGGUCCUGCAGCAGUGUAAGACCACCUCGCUGGUGGCUAACAGUACGGAGCAGGGAUCCACACUCAGAGAUCUGCUUACUACCACAGCAGGGAAGCUGAAGCUGGGCUCUACUGAUGCAGGAAUUGCCUUUGCACCAGUCUACUCUACUGCCUCACAGACUGGAAAAGGUGGGCGGACCAUGCCAAAUAUCCUUGAUGACAUCAUUGCUUCAGUAGUUGAGAAUAAAAUCCCUGCCAGCCGCCAGAACAUCACCACCAAGCUGUCAAUCAAGCAAGAGCCUGUCACCCCAGGCAAAAAUAACAACAACAACAACAACCCCACCCCCGUUGUUACUGAGGAUGCCAAACCAGACAAGAAGAAGUCAGCACCUCUUACUGUGGAAGUGCUAGACGAAUCCACCAAUCAGUAUCCAGAUAUUUCACACUGCUGGUUAAACAACAAACGAUUACUGUGGCUCAAAGACCACCGCAACCAGAACAACUGGAAGCUGUUCAGAGAGUGCUGGAAACAAGGACAGCCUGUGUUGGUGUCAGGGAUCCAUAAGCGACUGAAUGCCAGUCUGUGGAAAGCUGACUCUUUCAACCAGGAGUUUGCAGACCAUCAGGGAGACCUCCUCAACUGUAAAGACCAAGUGGUGUCCAACUCCGGGAUCAAGGAAUUCUGGGAUGGAUUUGAAGACAUCACCAAGCGACCUAAGUCCAAGGAUGGAGAACCUAUGGUCUACAGACUGAAGGACUGGCCAUCUGGAGAGGAGUUCAUGGCCCUCAUGCCUUCAAGAUAUGAUGACUUGAUGAAGAACCUGCCCCUGCCAGAGUACUCCGAUCCAGAGGGCAAUCUCAACCUGGCCUCUCACCUGCCAUCUUUCUUUGUCAGGCCAGAUUUGGGGCCAAGACUUUGCUGUGCCUACGGUGUAGCUGCAUCUCAGGACCAGGACUUUGGGACUGCCAACCUCCACGUGGAAGUCUCAGAUGUCGUCUCAGUCCUGGUCUAUGUAGGAGUAGCCAAAGGCAAUGGAGUCCUGUCCAAAACUGGAGUGUUGAAGCGUCUGGAGGAGGAGGAUCUAGAUGAGGGGGUUCGAAGGAGGCUCAAAGACUCCAGUGAGACACCGGGGGCACUGUGGCAUAUCUACCUCAACAGAGACAUGGACAAAGUCCGAGAGUUCCUGCACAAGCUGUGUAAGGAGCAGGGAUUGGACAUGUCCUUGGACCAGGACCCAGUCAGAGAGCAGAGCUUGUACUUGAGCAGGAAGCAGCGUCAGCAGCUGCUUGAUGAACACGGAGUUCAGGGCUGGACUGUAGUUCAGUUCCUGGGAGACUCUGUACUUAUACCAGCAGGGGCCAUGCACCAGGUGCAGAACCUCCACAGCUGUGUUCAGGUAAUCAAUGACUUUGUGUCUCCAGAGCACGUGGCCAACUCCUUCCACCUGACCCAGGACCUCCGGCCCAGUAAGGAGGAGGUUAACUACGAGGAUAAACUACAGGUGAAAAACAUCCUGUACCACUGUGUAAAGGAGGUGGUGAGUGCCCUGAAGAGGGCCAGCUCUGAGGAAGAUGAUGAGGAAGAGAACUCGUGACACCUCACUGGCCUCAUUCACGCCUUCCAGACAGGGACACGACUCCCAUCGACACCUUGCUGUCCCCACACCCAUCACCUCUCAUGCAGGACUGUGUCACAUGACCAUAAGAGGUGUUCGGGUCAGAGCUGGUCAUGUGACCCAGGGGACCUCGCAGUGUCAACUGCACACAAAUCACACAUCCAGGUGGCCAGUGAGAGGCACCUCCAUCAUCACCCCAGACCUUCAGUGCCAAGAGGAGACAAACACAAGACCAGAGGGGCCACUGGACUGACAGGGAUUAAAUCUCAACAAGCACACCUCUUUGUGUUUCAUAGACUCAGUGCACAGGGAGGACAGAGGAAUUCUGGGAAACAAAGUACAGCAUGUUGUUUGGAAGUCUCCACUGAAACGGAUGUUUCCUGCUAAGAUCCGGUUUCCAUGGAGACUGUGCUGUGAGCUCCUGUAAAUUCACAGGUUUGAUGGCAGCAGGAGCUGCAGUGAUGAUGGAGACGCACUGUAAUCUGCUGUGGAUUAUCAAGGAGGUUUAAUCCCUGUCUGUUGCAGCAGCACCACAUAACGUCUUGGACAGAAAUAUCUUGCUGAUCACAACAGCAUCACCAGCAGCAAGCAGCAUCAGGAUCAAAACUUUCAUCUCUGCUGUUUAAAAAAUCAAGGAAAAAAAAAAGAUUUGAGGGGAAAAAAAAUGCAAAACAGAAAUCUCAGAUGUUUCAGCCAGCAGGCAUUGAGAUCUGCUGCUCCCUCGUUUGUUGUUCCUGUCAUUUGUCUUUUCUCGUCCUUUUUUUCUAGCUGUCUGUUGCUGUUCUGUUCUUAAUUGUCUUUUUCAUACGAGCAUUGUUUUAUUUGCUCUGUGAAGAUGUAUUUAUUUUAUAGCUCUAUGAUAUGCGAUGUUAUUGAGACAAAAGCAUUAAUGUAAAUGUGACUUGUACAGGUUUUUUUUCCUUUUGCUAUGUGAUUUUCAGUUGUAAUACGGCUCUACUGUGAUGGAGGACACACACACACACACACACACACACACACACACACACACACACACACCAGCUAAUGCCUGUAACUUUGGGAAAUGUUGAUGUUCUACAGUCCUCAUGCCAUAAAUCCAUUUUUUGAAAAUGAACUGCCAAAUUAUUGUAAAGACUGUGUAAAGUUGUAUUAUGUAAAGAAAGAACAAAAUGGCUUCUACACGUCAGCAUUUUAUGAAAAAGUAUUUGCUGUAAAAUUGAGACAUUUACAAAAAAAGAUGUAAUUUAUUUAAGAAAAGAAUGAAUUGUCUUGUUUUUUGUUUUGUUAAGAUUUACUAUGGUGAACUUUUGAAGUUAAAAGAUAAAAUAAUUAAAAGGUUUACUAUAAUGUGUAAAUAUAUACAUAUAUACAUUCACUGAGGUAUUUUUUUAAAACAUGGCUUGCUUCAAUUUCAAAUUUUAAAGUGCAAGUGUUACAUGCUUUGUACAUUGAAGUUCAAAAGGGUUUUACAUUUUCCAUUAAAAUGGAUUUAUCAGA